ACAAAAUUCUACCCCAAUGGAAGUGGAUUCUAUACUGCCUGAAGCAAAUCCAUCUAUGACUGCAAAUAGAUUCAAUGAAAAUAUUGGACAAAAUUCUACCCAAAUGGAACUGGAAUCUACACUACUGGAAGCAGAUACAUCCAGGACUGCACAUAGAUUCAAUGAAAAUAUUGGACGAAAUUCUACCCAAAUGGAACUGGAGUCUACACUACCGGAAGCAGAUACAUCCGAGACUGCACAUAGAUUCAAUGAAAAUAUUGGACAAAAUUCUACCCAAAUGGAACUGGAGUCUACACUACCGGAAGCAAAUACAUCCGAGACUGCACAUAGAUUCAAUGGGGUUUACAAAAAGCCAUGGAACUUUGGACCACCUACAUAUGUAUGCACAUAUUGUGGUGCCAUGUUAUGGUAUGAAGAACGGAUUGAAGAAACACGCACUCAUUUACAACCAAAGUUUACAUUUUGUUGCAUGGAAGGACGUGUGCAGAUACCAUUACUUAGGCAACCACCAGAAUUACUCAAGUACUUGCAAUCACCUGAAUCUGGAAAGAAGGGAAUCAAAUUCAUGGAAAACAUAAGGGCUUAUAACUGCAUGUUUGCAAUGACAUCUUUGGGAGUCCGAGUCGACAGUGCUAUAAAUAGAAGGAGAGGUCCGUUUGUGUUUCGAGCAAGUGGUGUAAAUAUUCAUUUUAUUGGUUCAUUAAUCCCGGAAAAAGAUCAACGACCAAAAUAUGCACAGCUCUAUAUCUACGACACUGAAAAUGAAGUUAGAAAUAGAAUAGCAACAAUGCAAAAGAAUGGUCCCAAUGAAGACAUUGAUGAAGAAAUUGUCUCUCAAAUAUCUAGAAUGCUGGAUGAAAAAAAUCAUUUGGUUGAAUCCUUCAGGAAGGCUCGAGACAGAUAUAAAAAUGGACCAGAAACUUCCUUUCAAUUGCGAAUUCCUGGCAGAGCGGCUCAAACUGAUUUUGAUCUAAAUUAUACUGAUGACCAUUUCAAAAGAAUUUUAUACUGA